AUGAUUGUGGUAUUGUUUACAAGACAGGCAGUUUUCAAGUUAGUGCUUUCUCGGAUGCAGACUAUGCUGGUGAUCCGGAUUCUCAACACUCAACUAGUGGAUAUUGUGUUUAUGUUGGUAUCAAUUUGGUGUCAUGGAGCUCUAAAAAGCAUAAAACAGUAUCCCGGGUCAAGCAUAGAAGCUGAGUACCGCCAACUAGCGUAUACUGUAGCUGAAUUGUCAUGGCUUCGCUCAUUGUUUCGUGAUUUGCAGCUGCCUUUAUCCAGACCCAUUAUUUGGUGUGAUAAUAUCUCCUCGAUUGCUCUUGCUUCUAAUCCCGUGUUUCACUCUCUCACCAAACAUCUUGAGGUGGACUAUCAUUAUGUUAGGGAAAAGGUCAUUCGAGGUGAGCUUGCUGUUAAUUUCAUUUGUUCUCUAGACCAGUUGGCUGAUUUGUUUACCAAAGGCUUAUCCUCUGCUCGUUUCAAAUUGUUGGUGUCCAAGCUUCCAGUUGUGUCUCGUGCUGUCAGCUUGCGGGGAGAUGUUAGACAGAGGCUAUCCUCAUAUUUGAACUCAAACUCAUUAUAUUGUUUGUAUGUUUUCACAGUUUGA